AUGCCGACGCUGAAGGUUGAUGUGAAGACACCAGAGUCAUUUGGCUUGCAGAAAAUCGAGAAGAAUGAUCGUGAGCUUUCCCAAGAGCUAAAGAAUCUAAGUUGGCGGAUUGCCAACGAAGUUGCUGGUGGUCUCUGGAAGGACGGCAUCCCCACAACGCAAAGAUUGACCUUGACAAAUGGCUUAAGCAGCUGCGUGCUGGUCGUAGAAGCUUCAAAAAAGCAGGAGUCUGAGGCUCUGAGGAAUAAGAUGGAUCGCAUCAACACGGCCAAGGAAAAGUUUCAAGCAUUUAUUGAUGAAGUCAACGAGGCACGGCGUCAAGUCGAAGCAGAUGUGCAGAAAAAACGCGAGAAGCUGCCCCAGGAUGUUGCCACUCGGCAACCGCUGACCAAUGCAAAAUUGAUUGAGCAUCCUGAAAUCCUGAACGGCAGGCUGCUGAAGAUUCCUUUGGAUGGCAUGGCUUCAAGAAAGAGGGUAGUGAGCUUGCAGAACCCACUCAGCGAUGAUGAAUUGGUGGCGGAAACAACAGAGGCAGAAGUCUGCAUAGCACGGCUUGAGUCCCAGAUCGGCUCCGCCAUCGGUGAAAAGGCGAUUGCUGCUGGAUGUUUUAGUUUGGCUUCCUCCGUCUACCGAGAUGGUGCACUCUUCAUGAGCGAGGGAGUUGGAGCUGUUAGCCUGAGUGCCAAAGCAAGCUAUGCUGACCAGAAUAAGUAUGAGAUUACCCGCAGAAAGAAUCAAGACAUCAGGGAGCUAGUCAAGAUGAAGGUUGAUGCAGAGAUUUCCGGUGUUUCUCUUAUUCACAGCGAGGAUCUGGCGCUGUUGCCGGCUGUUGAAGGGGAGCUUCUCGCAAUUGCGGCAAAGCAAGGAGACAAGCGCACCAAAGCGGUGGAGAUAUUCCUGGAAACUUAUGGAAGCCAUGUGUGCAGCCAAGUGGUGGUUGGCGGUGUCUUCAAGACGAAGCAAUCCUUCCAGGCAUCGGUGGAAGUAGGCGGUAUAGUAGUCCAGGAAGCUGCUGAUCACCAGUUUGCCACAACCGCGUCGGCUGCAGGAGAGUUUGUUGGCAUGAACGGCGUCGGCAAAGCCGGCGGUUCUGUGGAUUUGAAGACAGACGACAGCUACGGGCGUCAGGAAGGUGAAGCAAACAGAAGAAAGAUGCAAUUCAGCGACAUCCAGGUUGAUGUGUUCGGGGGUGCAAGCGGGGUGUCUCUGCCGCUCUGGCGGAAGUCUUUGGCGACAUCCAAUGCAAAUUGGAGGGUGACUGAUCUCAGCGUUGACCAAUGCACUCCAAUUUGGCACUGGGUGCGCGGCGACACCUGGGGAAGCAUGGUGCAGGACCUUUUUCAAGUGUGGGCCAGACGCUGCCUGAACUUGCCAAAGAGUAUCGGCAGUUUUGAUUCUCAAGACCGACUUGAAGAGCAGUUGAACAAAGAGUUGGACAAACAGCGAGCAGCGAUGAAAAAAGCGGAAAACUGCGACCGUAAGGGAUGGUGCCUGCCCCAUGGUGAUGCAACGCGAGCACUGGCACUUGCACCUGCAAGGCUGGCAAGAAGGGCGAUAGCUGCAGCGAGUCAAACAGUUGCCGCUGCACCUUUGGGAAAGCAGCCACAGGUCGACGAUUGCUCGACAGAUAAACAAGCCCAUUGCAAGAGUUGCCACACUGGGUUCCGCCUGGCCCACAAACUCUGCGAGAAAGAUACCAAAUACUACAUUUGGACACGAUAUGGGGGGUACUGGUACCGCUUGCGCACCACUACCAAGGGAGUGUAUGACAGGCUCAAGAAAGCGUACAAGAUUCACAAUCUGCCUGGCCUCAAAUAUGAUGCCUUGUGCCUUGGCUAUGUCUUUAAGCGCCCAGAUGGCACAGAGCAAACCAUUCGGAAGGCCUUUCACUGUCCGCACCUGACGUACUGUGCGGGCACUUGGUGGUAUGGCUACUUUGAGAGCUCCAAGAUUAACAACAACGGCGAAUUCGAGGGCGAGUUUGACGAGACGAUU